AAGACCCAACGAGCAUGCGCCAGCACUGCGAGCAUGCUCAGUAGCUCGCGCGGCGUACCGGAGCUUCACGGCGCGGUGGCCGACGCGGAGGUUUCCGCGGCUGCUGCGGGAGCUACAGGAAGUGAAGCGGCCCGGCCGGCCGACCGCGGCGGCAGAAACAGCGGCGGAAGGGGCGCUGCGGCGAGCACGUCGUCGUCGGGGGUGGACAAGGGGUCCGAGCGCCGAGAGGACUCCCCCGCUCGGAAGCCGGAUCCCGAGCCGGGCAGGAUGGAUCAUCACCAGCCGGGGACUGGUCGCUACCAGGUGCUUCACAAUGAAGAGGAUAAUUCAGAGUCAUCUGCUAUAGAGCAACCAUCAACUUCAAACUCAACUCCGCAGACUGCUCCUUCUGCGUCCGUACCUGAAACUGACGCUUCUCCUCCACCUUAUAGUAGUAUUACUGUGGAAGUACCUACAACUUCAGAUUCAGAAGUUUACAGUGAGUUUUAUCCCGUGCCGCCUCCCUACAGUGUUGCUACCUCCCUUCCGACCUACGAUGAAGCCGAGAAGGCCAAGGCCGCCGCCAUGGCGGCUGCAGCAGCAGAAACAGCUCAGAGAAUUCAGGAGGAAGAGUGUCAACCAAGAGAUGACUUUAGUGAUGCAGACCAGCUCAGAGUGGGUAAUGAUGGGAUUUUCAUGCUGGCAUUUUUCAUGGCAUUUAUUUUCAACUGGCUUGGAUUUUGUUUAUCCUUCUGUAUCACCAAUACCAUAGCUGGAAGGUAUGGCGCCAUAUGUGGGUUUGGACUUUCAUUGAUCAAAUGGAUCCUUAUUGUUAGGUUUUCUGAUUAUUUUACUGGAUAUUUCAAUGGACAGUAUUGGCUUUGGUGGAUAUUCCUUGUACUUGGCCUGCUGCUUUUCUUCAGAGGAUUUGUUAAUUAUCUAAAAGUCAGAAACAUGUCUGAGAGCAUGGCAGCUGCUCAUAGAACAAGAUAUUUCUUCUUAUUAUAGAGACUACAUCGACCAGACCUUCUUUUCUUAUAUCAAUGUGAAAUUUCCAGAUCAUCUGUAAACCUACAACUUUAAUAGGGUAGAAGACUACUAAAAGCAGAAGACAAAUUAGUGAAGAAAAGAUAGAUCUUCAAAAUUGAAUGGCAGGGUGGUUUAUGCUUAAAGGCCAAUUCUGUUCAUUCUCUGAAAUAUUUAUAUUUCAUCUGUUUUGCACAUUUGCAUAUGUGCCCAUUUAAAAGAUAUGCGUAUACUUGAAAGAGACCAUAAAGUUGUUAUCAGUAAAGUUCAGUCAUAUUUGGUUAAUCAGUGUUUGAUAUAAUUGAAAGAGAUGAGUGAAAGUCUUCCAGCAUGUAAAUGCCAUUGACCUCUGACCUGACAUUUAGUAUAAUAAAAAUGAAAUUAUUAACCAUGUCAAAUGCUUUAAUUUCUGGCUUCUAGAUUCAUCUAGUAACUCUACACAUGAAACAUCCUUUGUUAGAUAUAGUUUUUUGAAACCUGCAGUGCUGAUUAUAGAAAAGCUUUGUCAGAUUUUUUGAACAUGAUAUUUACAUUAUUAUUUAGUAUACUCUUCUGUAAAUAACCAUGCAUAAAUUACUUUCUGCAUUGUUUUCUUAGAAACUGGAUAUCUUUCCAUUAAUUUAAAAUUAAGUGAACUUAAUAUAUAGAGAAAAUUUGGGUGUUAAAGAUAGUUUUAGGACAAAUUUUAAGAAAAUGUGGGUAUUCCAAAUGUCCUUUAUAAAAAAAAUCUAUUGGUUUGUUUUUUUUUUAAGGGACAUGCAAGUUUUAGGGAUUCUCAAUUGAGAAGGGUGGUUUUUAGCAUUGCCAUCUUAACGACUCUUGCAGGAAGAGAUUGUAUUAGAUGUUAUAUUUAUUUCAUUUAAGACAUUUUCGAAAAUUAAUUUUCUGAAUAAGAUACUCUCAUUGCAUCUGUCUUUUAAAAAGCCAAUAAAAGUAUCUUUCAAUUAUCAUUGUAAUAAUUUUUUCUUUAGCUGUUUAGUUCGUUAAAGCAAAUCAAAACUUGUACUAAUAACUUUAUUGCUUUACGAUUGUAGGAUUAACCUAUAAACAUCAUAUCUUGAAUUGAGAUAUGCAAAUUCAUUUGUUUUCAAGUUAUGGAAAUGUGUGGAAUAUGGGGGUGUGGCGUGUGUGUGUGUGUUACAAGAAUAUGUGUGUCUGUGACCAUUAUUACAACUGGAAUCUACAUUCAUAAGCUACUGCCAUUUUGCAAAUCAUUUUAUGUCUCAUCUGUUUUCUUUUCAGUUAUAGUUUUGCUUUUGGAUGCCAACAUUAAAAGUGAUAGAAAUUAUAUCCUCUUUUAAACUUAAAAAUCAUUUGCUACAGAUAUUCAAAACAUAAAAUUGGUUGCUCGUUUAUUAUUUGACACUGACUACUACUAAAAAAGACAUCUAAAAGUAUUCAGGGACAUUUUUCCAUAUCUGAAAAAAUAAUUUAUACUUUAUAACUUCUUUUGUAUUUCUUUGUAUUUUCUGAUUUAUUUCAUUGUCUUUGAUAAAUAAAACAUGCAGUUCUGUUUUGCUAA